UGAUUUUCUAGAGGCAGGUCUCAAAAAAAGAUAACAAAUCAAGCAAGAGAAAAUCUCACAAAUCAUCUUAAAAUCAUGCUGAUUAUGAACAAGUUGAAAGUGAAAGUGUAUCAUGUUACAUUUCAUCAUGGAAAAACCCAUUUGUGUGUUUAUGAAAACAACAGUACUUAGGGUGCGGCCAAGAGGAACUAGAAGUUAGUUUGCGUUCUGAAUGAAGAUGGAGGACUGUUAUCCAUACCCCGUUUUCAUCGAGUGUUCAGACGUUCUCUCAGAUCAAAAUAAAAAGAAAGUAGAAAAUUAUUUUCAGAUUAAACGCAAGUCAGGCGGAGGAGCGUGUGGACCAGUAACAAUUGCAGCCGAUGAGACCUACAGUAUCGCUUUCAAACUUCAAAGAGACCAGCAGGAAGUCCUAAGGAGAUGUGAGCACACAGUGGAGCUGCCCUCAGGUCCUCUGGUCUUAAUUGUCACAGACAAACCUCUAUCAUCUGACUCUUCCAGCACCAGUGUCUCCACAGCUUCAGAAGAGAGGGCUGUGUCAAACGAAAACGACUGGGACUGCAUCAACACUGGUAACAGAUGUCUUCCUGAUGAGUCUGAUUUGAGACGAGUUGUGAUUCUUGGGAAAACUGGAUCUGGGAAAAGCAGUCUUGGAAACACCAUAUUUGGAGAAAACAAGUUCACUGUCUGCCCUGGUGCUAACUCUUGUCAAAGUCCGUGCCAGGCACAAACUGAUUCACUCAAUGGGAGACAAAUUACUUUGAUUGAUACACCAGGCUUCUUUGAUACAAAGAUGCCUGAAGAAAAACUGAAGGACGAAAUAUGGAGGUUUAUCACAGAGUAUUCGCCUGGGCUGCAUGCCUUCCUUAUUGUACUUGAACUAGGACGUUUCACAGACCAGGAAAAUGACAUUAUUCAAAAAAUUACUGAAAGCUUCUCUGAGCAAGUGUUUCCAUAUGCAACAUUAGUUUUUACUAAUGGUGAGAAUCUCCCUAAAGGGCAGAAUAUCAAAGAAUAUAUUAGCCAAAAUGAAUCUUUGAUGGAAAUAGUAUCAAAAUGUGGUGGCCGGUGCCAUGUUGUAGAUAAUAAACACUGGAACAAUCGUUCUGUUGAGACAUAUAGGAACAACGCCUUCCAGGUGAAGGAGAUACUCAAAUCAAUUGAAGACACGGUGAAGCAAAACAAAGGGAACUGCUAUACCAAUGAGCUUCUGCAGAAAAUGACACAAUGUGUAGCACUUGCAAUUGUUCAUGAAGAACAGCAAAACGAUGGAAAGUACUACACCAAUGAUUUGCUGCAAGGAGAGAAGGAAAUGACACAACAGUUUCUUCAUGAAGAAGAACAAAUUCCUUAUGAAGAACUGGAAGUUGAUGAAGAAUUGCCAGUUCUUCAAGAACAUCAAGAACAAGAACAACAAGUGGCAAAAGAAGGAAUCAUGAAGAGAGCUAUAAAAAGAGUUUGUGAGAUUUUAAAGACAAUAAAAGACAUUACAAUAAAUCUUCUAUUGAAAGCCUUUCUUGGUACACAAGAAGCUAUUAAGACUAUUCUUGCAUAUAUAACAGCUGCCUACAAGGCACUGGACCUGUAGGUUAAGCAGAAGAUGGAACAAUUGUUGGAGCUGCUGGUUUCACAGUAGCAGCAGCAGCAGCAGUGGCAGGUUUAAGACCUUCUUCCACUUAACUAAUCUGGCCUUAAGCUUUGGGAAAAUCAUGUAAUUGUGAGAUAAGAUUUAUUGCGAAUUAUAAGAUGUUUUUCAGACAGCUGAUUUACUAAUAAAUUUGGAAGAGUGCCCUAAUUUGAAAAAAGUCAGAGUACAAAGGUUAUUUUUGACAUUUCAUUAGUUUUUUGUGGUUUAUAUUAUUUUUUGUUGACUCAUAUCACUAAGAAAAAUAUGUAUUUAUAAAAUGUUGCUUUGUAAUCAGGAAGGGGUUUAGUUCCUUUCUGUUUUUUAUGAUGUUACUUGUUCUGACAUCAGACACCAAACUAAAACCAAAAAGCAUCAAACUGAGGGCCGCUGUCCCAAUCAGUGGAUCCUGAGAAAUAGGAGGAUGUUACUGUAUUUGUUUUCGUAACUUCAGGCCUCUGUUGUUCCAAAGUCACCAUAAAACUUGUUUUGGUGACUUUCUGUUGUGAUUUAAAAUCUUUUUUUUUUUUCCGUACCUUGAUGACUACUAAUCCUAGUUGGAGCAAUAAGAUUCCUUUUUGUGUGCAGAGAGUCAAAGCUUUUCAUCUUCCUCUGUGAUCAAGACUAGGAGAAGACGUAUUGAAUUUUCUUUUAAGCAACAGCGCCCCCUUCUGGAUAUUUUAUUUUUGUGCUGGAAAGCUUUGCUCCCACCUCUAGCUCAGGAUCUAGCUGAAAUAUGAGAUGAAAAUCUUGAUUCAUGCUUAAAAAAAAUUGGAUUUUAAACCAAAUUAUGAAUAUUUUUUAUUCCAUAUUUCAGGGUGGAAACAUCUAAAUACCUCAAUCUGAUAGAACUCCCUGUGAAUCACAAAUGGUAGCCAUUGAAUCUCGAAUGGUUUAACAACAGAACGUAUCUGUCAUUGCAAAAGGUUAAAUAUAAAUUUAAUAUUUUAUAUUUAAUACUCAAUACUUCAAAAAUGUAUCAAGUAUAUCUGCCAUAUUAAGGUUCAAUAAUGUGUGAUCUGCAUUUAGACUUUAGUUUUGAUGUGUUUAGAAUGAAAAUGGUAACAUCUUGCUCAUACUGAAUAUUUAGGUAUGUGAUUUAUGUACUUGUUCAUCUUGAAAUCAUUUUUUUCACUCGGAUCUAUUAAAUCAAAUGUAAUAUUCAUUGCAAUAACUUUACAUCCAGCUCCAGAUUCUAUCUGUCCUGGUAAAGAUAAAGGGGUUGAUCUGUGGCAUUUAUUCAUAAUUUUCUGUUAUGCAUUGACAGAGCCAGGUAGUCAAUAUUAUAAAUAUAACAUAUAUAUCCUGUGUGAUUUCUUUUGUGUAUAUCUCAGUGGUUAGCAGUGAAAAAUUAAGAAAAAUUCUUAUUUGAAUUUUGCAUUUGAAAAUAUCUGAGAAGUCAUUCCAGGACUUGUUGGAUAAAAGUUCAGGACGGACAAGAAGUAUGUCCGUCCUGAACUUGUCAACGACAGUAGAAAAAGUCCAGGUAUAAUUCAUGUUUUUACUCAUGACAUCAGUUAUGACUGCUGUGAAAGUCCAAAUUCGCUUAAUCCUGAAUUGAAUUGUUUUUGAGAGUUAUAUCUGUGCCACACCUUACAUGUUUGUUUAUUUUCUUUUAUUUAUCUUUAUUUCUGUAUUCCUGGAGAGAUGGAACAAAUGUAAUAAAUAUCAAGGAUCAAAAACCUGUGGAGCUGCAUUGUUUGAGAUCAUUUAAACUGAGCAGGAUGACGGCCUGAGGCAUCCAACCCAAGAAUAAAGAGUUUUACCCUUA